AAUUCUAUCAUCUAAAUAGCAUUUUUCUUUUUCUCCUAUAUAUAAUUUAUAUAUAUAUAGAGAUAGCUAGAUAUAGAUAUAUAGAUAUCUUACCACAAAUAAACUAGACAGACCCCAAAACUCAAAACAAAACUUUUACCCCCAAAAACAUUUCCUUAUUAUUAUAUAUAAGAAACAUGUUGAAGCCUCCUCAUCAAGUAGUUCAAAAUUUGAAAUGUGAGAAAACCCUAGUUAUUUUGAACAAGCCAUUCAUCCAUGGCUACAACGGGGCUAUUAUCGGUAUCAACUCUCGGCUAUUUCCAGUAAAACCUAAAACCAAAAGACGAGUCGCUUCAUCAUCAUCAUCAUCAUCUCCCGGAACCAAAAACAUUAUCAAAGCUUCUUUAUUUUCUCCAAUGGAGAAGAAGAAUACAGCUAGGGUUUCGGUUAGUGUGGCGGUACAACGUGUGACUCCAAAGUUUUGGAGAUUUGAAUUGUCUGAGAAAAUCCAAGAUGGACGUGAUAGGCUUGAGGAUCUUCUAGGGCUAAACUCUUUAAGUAUUGAGCUUGUUAGUACUCAAAAAGAUCCAGUAACGGGGAAAGAACGAACGGUUAAAGGUUUUCCAAAAAGACCCGACUUUAACAUAUUUUCAUCAGAUGAUGUAAAAUACGAAGCGAAAUUUGACAUACCAAAAGAUUUUGGAGAAGUGGGUGCUAUAAUCGUCGAAAAUGAUUUCGAAAGAGAAAUAUUUUUAAAGAAUAUUAUACUCGAAGACUUGCCCUCCGAACCAAGCACCCUUGAAUUCUCUUGCAACUCGUGGGUUCAGUCCAAACAUGAUGUCCCUACUGAUCAACACAAGAGAGUCUUCUUCUCUAAUAAGUGUUACCUACCAUCACAAACACCAAGUGGGAUAAAAGAAUUGAGAAAAAUUGCAUUGGAAAACUUGAGAGGAGAUGGAAAAGGAGAGAGGAAGAAGAAUGAAAGAGUUUAUGAUUAUGAUGUGUAUAAUGAUCUCGGACAACCGGACAACAAUGAUGACCUAAAAAGACCUGUUCUUGGCGGAUCAAAAGAAUUCCCUUAUCCUAGGCGUUGUAGAACCGGACGGCCUCCAACUGAAACUGAUCCAUUAUCUGAGUCAAGGAUUAGUGAUUUUUAUGUACCAAGAGAUGAAGAAUUUGCAGAAGUGAAGCAAAGUAAUUUUAGUUUGAAGACUGUAUACUCAGUAAUACAUGCAGUGAUUCCCAUACUCAGACAAGUCUUAAUUGAUGAAAAUUUCCCAUACUUCACUGCCAUUGAUGUUCUCUAUGAUGAAGGCAUUAAAAUUCCUUCUAAUGCUGAAAAAAGCUUAAUUCAAACCAUCAAAAAUGUCAAUGCAAGAAUAUACAAAACUGUUUCUGAUGCUGAUGAUUUUUUACAGUUUCAGCAGCCUCCAACCAUGGACAAGGACAAAUUCUUCUGGUUUAGAGAUGAAGAGUUUUGUAGACAAACUAUUGCCGGUCUCAACCCUUGCUGCAUUGAAUUGGUUAAGGAGUGGCCUUUGAAAAGUGAACUUGACCCCACAAUCUAUGGCCCACCAGAGUCAAAAAUCACCACAGAAUUGGUUGAGAAAUUCAUCAAAGUAUAUGGCUACAAUAAUAUUAAUGAGGCUUUAAAAGAAAAAAGAUUGUUCAUGUUGGAUUACCAUGAUGUAUUAUUACCAUAUGUUAGCAAAGUAAGGGAAUUGGAAAAUAAAACCUUGUAUGGAUCAAGAACACUUUUUUUCUUGACUCCUUAUGGUACAUUGUUGCCUUUGGCCAUUGAAUUGACUCGGCCACCAAUGGAUGGUAAGCCGCAAUGGAAGGAAGUUUACACCCCGAUGAAUUGGCAUUCUACCGAUCUUUGGCUUUGGAGACUCGCGAAAGCUCAUGUCCUUGCUCAUGAUUCCGGUGUUCAUCAACUCGUUAGUCACUGGCUAAGAACACAUUGUGCAGUUGAGCCGUACAUAAUUGCAACAAAUAGACAAUUGAGUGCAAUGCAUCCUAUCCAUAGAUUAUUGAAGCCACAUUUUAGAUACACAAUGGAGAUUAAUGCUCUUGCUCGAGAAAGUUUGAUCAAUGCAGGUGGUAUCAUCGAAACAGCAUUUGCACCCGGAAAAUAUUCUAUGGAGUUAAGCUCCGUCAUGUACGACAAACAAUGGCGAUUCGAUCUACAAGCAUUGCCAGCUGACCUAAUUCAUAGACGAAUGGCUGUUGAGGACAAGGAUAGUGAGCAUGGUGUAAGAGUAAUAAUUGAAGAUUACCCAUACGCCAACGACGGUCUUCUCAUAUGGAGCUCCAUCAAACAAUGGGUUACUGACUACGUCAACCACUACUACCCUAUCUCAAGUGAGGUAGAGCGUGAUGAAGAAUUACAAGCAUGGUGGACAGAGAUCAGAACUGUAGGUCACGCUGACAAGAAAGACGCACCUGGGUGGCCUGACUUAAAAACGAAACAAGACCUCAUAGACAUUGUCACAAACAUGGCAUGGACAGCGUCAGCUCACCAUGCAGCUGUCAACUUUGGACAAUAUGCUUACGCUGGCUAUUUCCCUAACCGACCAACCAUAACAAGAACUGUUAUGCCGUCAGAAGAGAAGGAGUAUAACCUAGAUGCGUGGAAACACUUCAAAAAUAGUCCUGAAGAUGCCCUUUUGAAGUGCUUACCUACGCAAUUACAGGCAGGCCUAGUUGUGGCCGUGUUAGACGUGUUGUCUACUCACUCGCCAGACGAAGAGUAUCUUGGAGACAAGAUGGAACCCUCGUGGGGCUCGAAUCUUGUUAUAGCGGAAGCUUUUAAUCGGUUCAAUAAGAGGAUGAACGAGAUUGAAAGUAUCAUUAAUGAAAAGAAUGAUAAUGAGAAUUUAAGGAAUAGACAUGGAGCUGGAAUUUUGUCUUAUGAACUUCUCAAGCCCUUUUCUGAGCCUGGCGUCACUAACAAGGGUAUUCCAUAUAGCAUAUCUAUUUGAAAUAAAUUUUAAACAUUCAUGUAUUAUGUUUUUGUAUUUGUAUUAUUGCUCUAGAAUAAUAUAACCCUAAUAUUAUUUUGUAUACUAA